AUGCAAGCUAACACAGAAAUCAAAAUUCUUGCGAAACAAGGUCUUCGAUACCACUCUGUAGAAUUAAACAACCUUAAGUUCCUCGACAGCUUGGCAUUUAUGAACGCAGGUCUAAACUCCCUCGCCAGCACACACAUUGAGAGUAAGCGCCCACUCCGCUACUCCAAACACCUCGUAAGUCAUCUGCCGGACGAAGCUCAGUCAUUGCUUUUAACGGGGAAGGGCAUAUUCCCCUAUGAAUACCUUGACGAUUUGAAAAAGCUCGAAGACACAUGUCUCCCUCCCAUAGAAAACUUUUAUAGUUCUCUCACAGGUGAGACGAUCACAGAAGAGGAAUAUGCUCACGCACACAAAGUCUGGGAUGCAGCAGGGUGCCACACCCUGGGUGAUUACAUGGAGUGCUACUUGAGGGUGGAUGUGGGUUUGCUAGCCGAUGUGGUCACAGCAUGGAGGUCCAUGCUCACUGAAAAGUAUGGUCUUGACAUGGUAAAUUAUGUUAGUCUUCCAGGGUAUGCAUAUGACGCAUUCCUAAAGAUGACAAAAACAAGCCUGGAGCUUAUAUCAGACCCCGAACUAGCGCACAAAAUUCAGCGUUCGGUGAGAGGAGGACUGACAACAUGUGUUCGCCCUUUUACGGUAGCAAAAAACACCCUCGUCAACCCACAUCAUGACCCUCUAAAGGAAAAAAGCAACUUUAUAUUGUAUCUGGACUUUAAUAGUCUAUAUGCCAGUGUAAUGUCCGAGAAACUACCAUUUGGCAACAUACGAAAAUUAUCGCCUCGUGAAAAGGCAGAGUUCACUGCAGCGGGCUUAUCUAAUCACGAUGAAAACGGUGAUAUCGGGCAUUGGAUAGUGGUUGAUAUAAGAGUACCUCCUGAAGUUGCAAGAAAGACAGACGAACUGCCUCUCCUCAUUCACCACAUGAACAUAAGACACCAAGACAUAUCCCCAUAUAACAAUCAUCUCUUAGCAUCGCAGAACAGACGCUUGCCAGUUAAAAAUACAAAACUAGUUGCAUCACAUCUUCCGCAGAAGGAUUACCUCAUUCUUCUGAAACAUCUGCAGCUUCUAAUUGACUUGGGGGUGGAGGUGCAACGAGUGUGUGAUGUAUAUGAAUUCAACCAACGAGAAUUUUUAUCGCCUUUUAUUCACGAGAAUAUUAAGGCGCGUCGCGAAGCCGCAGACAAAGCACAGCAAAUGUGUUUUAAAACUCUCUCAAACAGCGUGUUCGGACGGUGUUUAAUGAACCCAUUAAAACGAUUGGAACGUACCAGCGUCGUGUGUAAACCAUCCUCAUUUCUCAAAAAGAUUCGAAGUCCUCUCUUUAAAAGACUCAUACCCCUUGCCCCCAACCGGGUAAUAACAAUCUCAAGGCUUCCUUCCGUUAAGAUGGAAUACCCGCAGUACGUUGGAUUUACCAUCUUGGAAUUGGCUAAAUUCAAGUUUUAUAACUUUUAUUAUAAAGUCUUAAAAGCUCAUUACGGAGACAGGGUAAAGCUCUGCUACUCCGACACCGAUAGCUAUAUUCUCUCUGUGGAGACAGAUGAUAUUGAAAAAGAACUUUCGAUAUCUCCUUUAAAGGAGUGGAUAGACACUUCUAAUUUUAGCCAUGACCAUCCGCUGUACAAUCCAUCAACCAAGGGUAAGCUUGGGUUAUUAAAAUCUGAGACUGGGGAGAUUCCCAUAAAAGAGGCAAUAUGUCUAAAACCUAAGACUUAUUCCCUUCUUUUAAACAACGAUCAAUCAUCUACGGGUGUAAAGGGAAUUGGCAGGUCUGAGAAGAGAAAACUGAAACACGACAAUUUCCGUCGUAUUCUUUUUGAGAAAGAGGUACACUUUUUUAAGCAGGUGAGUAUUACCAAUGUAAAAGGUCAAAUAACAACCACGGAAACCAACAAGCGUGGUUUAUCGUUAUAUGAUGACAAGCGUUGCGACAACAACAGCAAUGCAACAGGAGACAACACCAUUCAUCUGCAACAACAACGUCAACGACCCCGAUCUGGUAAUCCAAGACCUCGAAAGCACAGAAAAACGCAAACCGGCAACCCCUUCAUCAUCGAGGAAGCGCUGGAAGAUAGUGACGACGAUGACUUUGUGUAA